GUAACAGCAGCAAAAUUUUGCACUACACAAAAGUACACAGCCACAUUGAAGUGACUUUGCAAUUUCAGCAGAUUCAUCUGUAGCACCUCAUCCCAUUUUGUGUAUCAGAAGAUCUAGCUCUGAAAAUAGUAAGACGCGACGAUCACGUUCACGAUCCCGCUCGCGAGAUCCCGACUCAGCCAAGAUGGCCGCCGCACCGUCAGUCAUCACGGGCGAAAUGCUCAUCAUGAAUGAUGAGGUAAUGGCCUCCUAUGGAGAUUUGUUUACUACCUUUUCUAUGAUUUGGAUUUUUCUGUUGCAGCUCCUUGUUUUCGAUUACUGGUAUGAUCAGGAUUCAAAGAAAUAUCAGCAAAAAUAGUUAUCCCCCUUGCCCACAACACCAACAGAUCGUCGACAUGCUCCAACUCCUCGACUACGAUGGAAAGAACCAGUUCACAGACAAAGAGAUGAUGGCCAUGCCAAGGAGCUACUUUUGUCAGCAAGCGGCUAAUAGCGCUCUCCAAUUCAAGUACUUCACGUCGUUGUGUGGUAUGGCAAUGGCGUUGUUUGGUCCAAGCCUGUGAUUUUCCUCUUAUUUUGGUCAAGCCUGUGAUAGGAACUACUUUAUUGCAUGCUUUAUUGUUUUUCAGUAUCCUCUAAUGCCUCCUGGCUAUUCCGGAAAUUGCAGAUCGAGCCGACAUGGGGAAAAUACGAUGACCCGCAGACAAUCUGCACAAACCUUGCUGUGCUUCUUUUACGGCAACGACCUACAUGUGACACCUCGUUCUCUCUCUUUGUCGACUACUGAGCGAAUGAUCACUGUUUAUCUUUACGGUAUCAGAUUCUGUCUGUUCUUUACUUAGAGGACACUAGCUCGUUUUUACAAAAUAGCAAACAACUGUCCAGUCGAGAUUGACGACGAAAAGUAGAGACUGAGGUUGUAGCUGUAAUUUUUCGGGACGCUGGUGUGGCAGGUGCGGACGUAAGCCCACAGAAACUAAAGUCCGGCUUUGGGGAUGCGGUUUUAGCAAUAUUGCACGCCUUAGUUCGCCUCGUGCUUGAACGAUCAGGAUUUCGAUAUCAACAGCCAAUGUACUUUUAUUUGCUUGUGGAAGGACAUCGACAUGAGGCUAAGUGUAGAAUGAAGACGAGAACGAGAAUUGAGUAGUACAGUUAUUUCGAUCGACGAGUAUGAUAAAAACAAAGACAAGCCAAAAUUACCAACCCAGAUAUCCAGACGAAGCAUUGGCAGAUGAAGCGGAGGUAAAUGAAGAGGCAAAUACAAGCGACAUAGAGGAGGAUGAGGGCUUGCAGGCAGUCGAAGAAGAGGAAUUCUUCCCAAUGAACGAGAAAGCGGCAUCCCCUGGAGAUGAAAGUGAUACUUUUGAAGGUACUGUGACAGUGACUCUCUUCUAAUUGUACUAGUGACUAGGUACUUAUUUAAUUGUAUGUGUGAGUGUGUAGUGACUACUAUAAUCUGAUUGUAGUGAAGACUAGUACACAGUGGAUAUUACUUGUACUUAUAGAGAGGUGCGCCAGUUGUACAUGUGGAUAUUACUCGUACUGAGAGAGGUGCAGGAGGUGCAGACACAAAUAGUGUGAAAGAAUAAGUUUCGCAACUACCAGGCGUCCUCGAAACUAGUGUCGAUCCACAGCAAUGGGCUUUGGAGUUAGAGCGGGUUGGGCCAAAAUUGAAACUAGCAGCUGAUAGUCAAAGCGCGAAAGAAUGGCGUGCACACCUGCUGCAAACAAAGAAUUUUCAAGAGGUGAUCGACGACGCGUUUCCGGAUGCGAAGUCGGGACUAGAUGUUCUCCACAAAGAACUGCAGUCUCUGUCAGAACGAAUGCGAGGCAAAGAAGCCUUUAUCAAUUCUCAAUUCGACCACAGGGCAGCAGAGUUCAGAUCGAAGCAGGAGGAUUUGGCGGCGGUAUGCUUUUCUUGCUUUCUGUUGACAAAAAUGAUCUACAAAGAGACCUCCACUCUGACAUCUUCAUAAAACAGCACGCCCGUCCCCUUGUUGUAGGUUCUACUUGGUCCAAAAUGAGUCCCCAUAGAGAGUAGAUGUAAUUCAUCUCCCCACAAACCUCUCAACAUAUUUCCAGGUGACGAAAAACUACAACGAAUUGAACGAUCGAGUAAUGAAUUUGCAGAUUGAACUGAAGGGAGUUAGUGAAGAGUUGGACGAAGUAAAGAGUCGAAUGGAAAGUUUGUCGACGACUGUCACAGACACCGCGCCUAUAGUGAAGAUAAAGUUACGCUUGCUACUAGUACUAGUACUACAAUUUUUUAGAUUAAGAUGGCUCCAAACUGACGGACGACGAUAGCGCCGGCGCUUAAUUAGUUUUAGCAGUUAGCAGGAUACUUCAGGACACUUGUUGAUAGUUGUCCUUUUCUUUUUUCUAUCUUUCUCUGGUCUGUCUUUUUUCUAGUUAGGUCGGGUCCACCACAAUUAAAAUGGCUCCAAACUUCCUCCUAAGACCACCAAUCUUCGCGAACAGUUGUAAUAGGUACAAGGAGUACUUUCUUCGCACUGCUCGUUUUGUUCUUCCCGGUCCCCUUUCCAUGCCCUCCGCUUCUUCUAACUCCUGAUGCAUUCCAGAAAUUGAGGAACGAGACACGACAGAUCGAGGUGAAAACGGGUGUGGUAGGCCACACUCUCAUGCAAGCGAAACUGCGACAGAAAAAAGCGCCCUCAGGAGGAGACGGAGCAGCUGAUGCAGAUGCAUGAGGACCUUUACUGUGUUGAGUCUCUGUUUUUAGUCUCUGUUUUUAGUCUCGCAACAAUUUAGACUUGUAUGCGAACAAUCACUUUUGCGUUUCUUUUUCGAGUUAAUACAGGAGUCUUUCUUGUGCUGUAAAAGUUGUUGUCUGGUUCUCGAGCUUAUGGUCUCUCUGUUCACUAAGAACACUAGUUUACUCUGACACGAAUACUUCACGAAAUCUCACGAAUCAAUGGAAACUUUUACACGUACACAGUCACAGUCUAUUUUCUACCGUUUAGAAAGACAAGAAGUCAAGGAGGGCGAGGGAGAUUCUGAGGACUUUCUCUCCUUGUUGAAGACUAAAAUGGAGCUUACGGAAAUAUCUGUGUCUUGUGCGCGCUUGCUGAAAGGAG